ACAGUCAGCCGAUCGCACCUAAAAUUCCAUACAUCCAGGCUACGGACUGGAUGUUAAAUGGGCUUUUACACGCAAGUCAAAUGUUGUCUCGUCGAUAGCGAGCGUUAAAGUGAUGAUUAGACUUUAAAGGCACUGAAUGGAAUGAUCCGAUCCGAUCUACGAUCUGCUUCCCGACUCAUCCACUAUACUCUUCAAAGUUCAAACCAAAACCUUGUGUCCGAUUAUUCUUGCCACCUUAAACUCUCUUCCCGUUUUAUUCCCUUUGCUCCUUAACUUUCGACGACAUCUCUUGACCGCUUCUCAAAUCAACGAAUGCUCUUUCCUUCCUGCCUCUAAACUUUACUCGCGCCGAUCCCUUCCCUACCGUAAUGUCGGAAUCCGAAAUUUCAACGAGAAGCCUGAGCGAGAUCCCCGAUAUUGCCGCCAUACGUUUUGGAGUCGAUCUCGUGUCAGCUGCCAGGCGAAAUAUAUGGUUCAUGAGAACUGUGGCCGAAUGUCACUUCCUUCAUCACCCUCCCGCUCUUGCUGAAGCCAUCAGAAGGUAUCAUGAAUUGUGGAUGCCCUUGAUCUCUGAUCUGAUGGCGCCUGAUUCAUCCCCUCCCAUGAUUCUCCCCCCCUUGGACGUCGACUGGGUUUGGUUCUGUCACACAUUAAACCCGGUAAGUUACAGGGAAUACUGCGAGAUGAAAUUCUCGAAACUUAUAGGAAGACCGACAAUUUUCGACGAGGAGAAUGAAGAGUACGCGAUGAUGAGGUGUCGUGAAAUUUGGAACCGUACAUACCCGCUAGAGUCAUUUGAGAAUGAAGCGAAUUUAGAUUCCGUGGUUGUUAAAAAUGAAGAUGACUUGUAUAGGGAAGUGGCAAAGCAUAGAUUGUUGUACUCUAAGUUUCCGGAGGCGUACAGGUCGGAGGUCUUAUACUUAAUAGCUGCAAGACAGAGAUACAAGGCGUUUUUGCAUAUGGUGCAGAGGUUCGCAGAUGGGUCUUGCCGUUUCGUACCUACUUCGGACAUCAUGUUAAUGUGGCUGACCCACCAGAGCUACCCAACUGUGUAUAUGGAAGAUUUAAAAGCGUUGGGCCUAGAGGGUGAUAUGUGGAAGGUGGCAACUAUGUGGGAAACCCCAGAGGAAAAAGACGUUGGAGUGACCAAGAAGUUAUGGGACAGGGCAUUUAAUCAACCUUAUGAGAAAGCUGGUGGAGGGGUGGCUCUAACAUUGGAUAAAGUUGCCACAAUGAACUCUCCAGUCUACUGGGUGGAAUCAGACAACGAUGUCAAUACAAAAUACAAGUCCAUGCUUCCAAGAUUUUUGCUUGAGAUUUGUGUAUUUUUGAGGCUUAAUUCGAGGACCAAGGCAUUGCAAAAGGAUAUAAACCGUGAUUUUCUACGCCUACGAGUGGUAAGGUGUCAUAGCGAGCUAAAGCUUGAUAAGGCCUUCUCCAGUCUCCUCUUUGAUUCAUGGGAAAAAGCCUGGCAAAUUUACUGUGAGUUCGGGACCAAGGGAGUCACACUUGAGUGUCGUCGCCAUGGCAGUAACUGUCUAAAAGGAAGUAGCCUCCAAGAGACCAUGACAUUCCGAUGGAAUGAUUUGUUGAGAGCAAAUUCUAUGACUUUGGAAAAGGAACUUAGUGGGCAGGUUACUGUUGUUACUUCAAUAACUCCACCGGUUCAGGCCCCAUAUUUGUUAAAAUGUGUGCCUGAUCGAGUCACAGAUGAUUCAGGGGCAAUGAUUUCUGAUGUGAUUCUGAAGAUGAAUAAUUAUCGCCCACAAGAAGGCCGGUGGUUGUCUCGCACAGUCCUUGACCAUGCAGGGAGAGAGUGCUUUGUCAUCAGAAUUCGGGUAGGAGGAGGAUUUUGGAGAAGAGGAGGUGAAACCCCUUCAACUGUGAAAUGGGAAGACAGGAUCAUAGAGAUACGAGAAGGAUCUUGGUCUUAUGUGGCUUCUGGUUCUAUCGGGAGGGCUCCUGAGAAGGUGGUAGCCACAGCAACACCAGCAGAACCGGGAGAGCAACGGAAAGCUGCAUGGUGUUUUUCAACAGGAGAUGAACUAAUUAUACAGUGGGAAUCAUCACUAUCGAUGUCGGGUCUCAUUGGCCUAAGUCAUAAUCCUCAAUUGCAGGUCAAGUUAUUGAAAGGUAGGCGAAUGCAAUAUCAAGGGGAGGAGGAGGAGGAGGACGACGACGACGAAGGAUUUGUUACGCUUGUCCGUUUCACAGAAGAGAGCCCGAAUGGAAAGGCAACGGCUCUUCUGAAUUGGAGGCUGUUGGUUGUUGAAUUGUUGCCGGAGGAAGAUGCAGCAUUGGCACUACUCCUUUGCAUUUCAAUACUGAAAAGCGUAUCGGAAAUGAAAAAAGAAGACGUGGGACGUUUGUUAAUCAGGAGAAGGAUAAGGGAACAAAAGCUUGGUACUAGAGAUUGGGGUUCCGUUAUGCUUCAUCCAUCUUCAUGGUCCUCGACUAUUGAUUCACCUUAUGUUCAACCCUGGUAUUGGAAUGCCGAUACAGUCAUGGCUUCAAAUGUAGCAGAUCGUCUCAAAAGGCAGCCGCCACUAAAUCAAUCACCAGUGGAAGGCAGUGAUAAGUUAUACAAGCGUGGACUUCUAAGUUGAACGAUUGCUCCACAGGAGUAGCAGAUCUUGCUAGAAACUUAGAAGAUUUGUGCUCCAUUAUUUAUUUUACCUCUGGUCCUGCCAUUUGGAACGAGCUUUAAUUUCUUCUAAGAAAAGAAAUACAUGGUCCAAGAGCCAGGAAUGGACUCAA